GGCCCUAAUUAGCCAGACCUUCAAGUUUAUACGCGAAGGAAGAUAAGUCGUUCCUUCUCAUAGGCUCCGGCCAGUCUCAACAGUACUGAUGUAAGUAGCGCAGCAAUAUUUAAUUAUCUUCCAUCGUGAAGCGUGGUCCCGGAACUAAGUCACGAGUUCUGGCUAUUGCAUCGUAAAUAACAGCAGUACUUGCACAUGCAUGCAUGUACCCUUGGGCUGAGUCGAUUAUUUUGCCAGCCUGGCUCGGUCACUAAUACCAAUCUGAUUACCCCGCAUGCUAGUACUUGAAAUUCUGAGUCUCGUGCUAGGGUCUGGAUGCCAUGUCAGUGACCUGGCUGGUGCUGUGAUCUUACUCUUUCGGUCGCCGAUCUUCUGUUUCGUCCGCUUGCUAUGGGUGGUGGUUCCAAGAAAAUCGCUGGGAAAGCCUGAAGAUUUUGUGACCGCUGCACUGCUCUCCUCCUUGCCUUUGGAAUCGCAUUUAUUAGACUGGGCAAAUGCUCAAGGUCAUAAUACUGAGAUCGAGCUCUGGACGCUAUCCCAAUUUGAGGGUAACAGCUGCAUAUGUGUUUGCUGUGGUCAUCUGCUGCUGCAUAUUUGGCGCGUGCUUCCUUCAUCGCGGACCGAGUACAAGUAACUCAGUGCUUAUUGCACCCGAGACGUCCCAUGUACAUUCGGAACGACUAUCUUCCUAUGUCUAUAAAGGGCUGUCUAGGAG